GUGUUUUCAUUGAAAACUGUUUUCAUCGUUCUUUCUCCGACACUGCAGCUAUAUAGGUACCUGCAGAGUGCAGAUACACAAGUAUACUAUAAUACAACUCUCCGUCGUGGGUUUCGUGCCGUGUUUUUAUUAUUAUUAUUAUCAUCAUUGUUAUUAAUCUGUUAUUAUUAUUUUCGAUUCCGUGUUGGUUGUCAACGCGUCGUCGUCGUCCUAUUCGGUUUGUAUUUUCGCAGUGACGCAGAGUGUCUGUUGUACACCUCGAAUAGUUUUGCCGCCGAUUUGUUCGCAACGACCGCCGUUGACGGUGCGCGCAGUUUCCGAACAGUUGAAACCCUGAAAACGGCCCCGCGAGACGUGUUGCCCGUGUCUCUUGGGGCGGUUGCCCUGUGCUCUCAGCACCGUGUGUGUUUGGCAUAUUAGUUAUUAAGUCCGCUCUCACGUAGCUCCACUCCGCGGCGCCUUACUCCCCCAACCGCAACUCGUGGUCACCGCUCCCGGAAACCUAAAUUAUUGAACCUGCUUAAGGACCGGAUCAUUCACGAUGAGUGUCGACACGUACGGACCGAGUUCCCAGAACUUGACAUUCUUGGAGACCGAAGAGGCCGAUAUGAUUGGCGCAGAUACCCAGGGCAGCGAGUUUGAGUUUACUGAUUUCACAUUGCCGUCCCAGAGCCAACCGCCAAUGUCUCAAUUGGACUCGUCGUCGUCAACCCAUAGAAUGCAAUUGCUGAGCAAUAAAACUGAUAAAGAUGACACUAAUGUCAUCACGGUCACUAAGAAAAUUGGUGAACUGCAGUUUGAGGACGAAGAAGAAGAUUCAUUUUUUACAAAAGAAUUGCCAUAUUAUGCAUGCAAAUAUUGUGGUAUUCAUGAUCCCGGAUGUGUAGUCAUGUGUAAUAUUUGCAAAAAAUGGUUUUGUAAUGGUCGUGGGAAUACUUCUGGAUCACAUAUUAUUAAUCAUUUGGUUCGGGCCAAACAUAAGGAGGUAACAUUGCAUAAAGAUGGUCCAUUAGGUGAAACUGUAUUGGAGUGUUAUUCGUGUGGUGUAAAAAAUGUAUUUGUGCUUGGAUUCAUACCCGCCAAAGCAGAUUCAGUUGUCAUAUUGCUAUGCAGACAACCAUGUUCCACACAAAACGCUUUAAAAGAUAUGAACUGGGACCAAGAACAAUGGAAACCAUUGAUUGCUGAUCGUUGUUUUUUGACUUGGCUUGUUAAAGUACCAAAUGAAACUGAUCAGUUGCGUUCUAGACAUGUCAGUGCUACUCAAAUCGCUAAGCUUGAAGAAUUAUGGAAAGAUAAUAAUGAGGCAACAAUUAAUGAUCUUGACAAACCAGGUGUAGAUGAAGAGCCGCAAAUUGUUUUACUUAGAUACGAAGAUGGAUUUCAAUAUCAAAACGUAUUUGGACCAUUGGUAAAAUUAGAAGCAGACUAUGAUAAACGUUUGAAAGAAUCCCAGACUCAAGAAAACAUUACUGUACGCUGGGAUGUUGGAUUAAAUAAAAAGGCUAUUGCCUAUUUCCAUCUAGCCAAGACUGAUGGUGAUAUGCGUUUGAUGCACGGUGACGAACUGCGUUUGAGAUUGACUGGUGAAAAUCCUUGGGCAGGAAUUGGUCAUGUUAUUAAAAUACCUGAUAAUUAUGGAGAAGACGUUGGUUUAGAAUUGAAAAUUAACAAUGGUGUACCAACUGAAAUAACAUCAAAUUAUGUGGUAGAUUUUAUAUGGAAAUCUACAUCUUUCGACAGAAUGCAGUGUUCAUUGAAAAGAUUUGCUACAGAUGAAUCAUCAGUGUCAUCAUAUAUAUAUCAUAGACUACUUGGGCAUGAGUUUGAUGAUUUAAUGUUCAGGUCACACAUGCCAAAACAUUUCUCGGCGCCAAACUUACCAGAUUUAAACAGAUCACAAGUUUAUGCAGUUAAGCAUGCUGUACAACGGCCUUUGUCUUUAAUCCAAGGACCCCCAGGAACCGGUAAAACUGUGACUUCUGCUACAAUUGUUUACCAAUUAGUGAAAAUUAAUGGUGGACCAGUAUUGGUAUGUGCUCCUUCAAAUAUUGCAGUGGAUCAACUAACAGAAAAAAUUCAUAGAACUGGCUUAAAAGUUGUCCGUGUGUGUGCAAAAUCUCGUGAAGCUAUUGAUUCUCCAGUUUCGUUUUUAGCUCUUCAUAACCAGGUCCGGAAGAUGUCAUGCAACGUUGAGCUUCAAAAGUUUCAACAGUUGAAAGAUGAGACUGGUGAAUUGUCAAUGGCCGAUGAAAAGAGGUAUCGUGCUCUGAAGAAAGCAGCUGAACGAGAAUUACUCAAAGCUGCAGAUGUUAUUUGCACUACCUGUGUUGGAGCUGGUGAUCCGCGUUUAGUACGAUUUAAAUUUCAUUCUAUCUUGAUAGAUGAAAGCAUGCAAGCUACAGAGCCCGAGUGUAUGGUACCAGUUGUGCUUGGAGUAAAACAGUUAAUUUUGGUUGGAGACCAUUGCCAACUUGGACCUGUGGUAAUGUGUAAAAAAGCUGCUAGAGCUGGAUUGAGUCAAUCUCUUUUUGAGCGUCUUGUAGUUUUGGGUAUUCGUCCAUUCCGGUUGGAAGUUCAGUAUAGAAUGCAUCCAGAAUUAUCACGGUUCCCUUCAAAUUUCUUCUAUGAAGGUUCAUUGCAAAAUGGAGUUUGUGCUGAUGAUAGAAAGCUAAGUAAAAUUGAGUUUCCCUGGCCAGUAGCAGAUAAACCAAUGUUAUUUUACGUGACACAAGGCCAAGAAGAAAUAGCAGGUUCAGGAACGUCAUAUUUGAAUAGAACAGAAGCUGCUAAUGUUGAAAAAAUUGCCACUAGGUUUUUGAGAUGUGGUGUAAAACCUGAUCAAAUAGGAAUUAUCACUCCAUAUGAAGGACAACGUGCAUACUUGGUGCAAUACAUGCAAUAUCAAGCUCCCCUUCCAGCUAAAGUAUAUCAAGAAAUCGAAAUAGCUAGUGUUGACGCAUUUCAGGGUCGGGAAAAAGAUUUGAUUAUUAUGUCAUGUGUGCGUUCCAACGAACACCAGGGAAUUGGUUUUCUCAACGAUCCCAGACGAUUAAAUGUAGCUCUAACUAGAGCUAAAUAUGGCAUAUUGAUUGUUGGGAAUCCAAAAGUUUUAUCAAAACAACAAUUAUGGAAUCAUUUGUUGAAUUACUAUAAAGCAAACAAUGUAUUGGUAGAAGGACCAUUGAAUAAUUUGAAAGAGUCUCUUAUUCAAUUAUCUAAACCCAAACAGUUGGUGAAUGCAGCUAAUCCAGGAUCACAUUUCAUGACAACUCACAUGUAUGAUGCUCGUGAAGCUUUGAUCCCUGGCAGUGUUUAUGAUCGUAGCAAUCAAGGAAAUGUACCUAAUAGUCAUGGUACACCACAAUAUUUUCCAAGACCAGGACCAGGUCCUGCUGUUGGAAUGGGUUUGGAUUUAUAUACUCGUAAUCAUGAUCCAUUAACGUUCAUCACACCAGAUUCUAGAUCUCAACCACAGAUUGGUGGGAUACCCGUUGGCAUGGUGAUGAAUAUGAAUUCAAUGGCUCCUAGAUUCUUUAAUCAACAAUCUGUUCAAAAUCGCCAGAAUGUACGUACUAAUAACCGUCUGCCAAUGACUAGUGGUCGCCUGAAGACUAAACCAAAUCAGAAAAAUCAAAAAUCAAAUGGAAUCAGUGCUUCGCCACUCAGCCAAGCAAUUACUCAAGAUGUUUCUCAGCCAUACAGUCAGAACAUGUCACAGAGUAUGUCUCAACCUGGGUUCAGUCUUUCGCAACCUGGACUAUCUCAGCCUGAUCUAUCCCAGGAUAGUUACAUGAUGGGCGAGUUUCAUUCGCAAAUGGAUGGAUUACUCUCACAAGAUUCAACAUAUCAAGGCGACCGUACUGUCACGUCGUUUUACAAUCCACCGAAUACAUUGUACUCUCAGCAACCAUAUUGAAGAUAUAUUUUACAAUGGACAAGUACAUCCAAUAAGCACGUGGGAGCGUCUUGUUGGUGCUGAUAUAUCAACAGAAAAAAGAAUAUUUUUAUUAUUGAGCGUCGUUUGCAGACAUCAUGAACAACAAAUGUUAGCACAUUAAGUGUUUGUGGGAAAAAAACACAAAAGGCUUAGAUGAACAUUUACAAUUGAUUUUAUAUAACUAUUGUAUGUGGAGAAUAAUACAUGUUAAGAAUUACACUAUUGAAAUGUUUUGGAGAAAACAAGGUUUUUGCAUGUUAGUUGUUUAACAUAUUUACUUAUUUUUUUUUUGUUUAUUUAUUUUAUUGACACGUAUGUAUUUACAGUCUAUUUUUUUACUUUGAGUUCAAAAAGAUAUGUUCAAGCCUUUCUAUUGCUAUCAACAUUUGAAGUUCUUAAAUUAAAGCAGUAUGCCCAAUAAUAAUACUAAACAUUAUAGUUCUGUUAACUAAUUCUAUCAUUUAAUUGUGUAUCAACAGUUUUAUCACAAAUUUGAUGUCAACAGAAUAACAUUUUUAACCUUGUCUACAUUUUCUUAUAAUAAUAAUAAUAAUGAUUUUUAUUUCUGAGUUCAAUACAAUUGCGUUCAGUGGUUUUUUAAUACUAACAAAUAUGGACAGACUAUUUUGAUAUAUCUGUUUUUGUUUGUUUUUUCAUAAAAGUAAAAAAAACAAAUUGUGGUUUAUUUGGAGAUAAAUGAAAAAGUAAAUUUUUACUUUCCUUGGUUUUAAUAGUUAAUCUGUCACUAUAGUUAUGGGAUUAUAUUAUUUUAAUUUCAAGCAGUUGUGGGAUUGACUUGAAUAAUUUAAAAAUGUCAAUUGAUUAUUUUUUAUCAGUUCAAUCAAUUCAAUUUUUUCAAUUUUUAUCAUAUAUUUUUUGAUGUCAAUUAUUAGUUGGGUUACACCUCAUGGUAAAAAUAGUUAAGGUGAAGUACAUGGAGUAAUAA